AUGUCAGGUGUAUGGGGUGACAAUAGUGCGUUCAACACAGAUAUAGAUAAUCCCUUUGGAAACAUCGACUUGAAAAUUGCUGGUCUUUCAUUAAGUACUGGUACAGAAGGCGACAAUGAUGAUGUGUUUAAUACUAAAUCUUCUCCCGAUGUAUUGUUAGGUAAUAAUGAUGAAGAAAUUAAUCCAAGCAUACAGCAUUUCGAUUUCGAUAAACUAUUAAAAUAUCAAUAUAUUGAAUUCUCAGAUUAUGAUAUUCCUCAGAUUAUAGACUUGAUACUGUCCUUACCGAAAUCAUACCCCCAUAUCUCUACUUACCCUGCUGCCCUUCUAUUCCAAUGUAUUAGAUACGCAGAUCAUAAAAAGGAGUCUCCUUCUCUAGUAGAUUCCUUAUUCAAUUUAUCUAUGACUUCAAUUUUAUCUUCAAUUUCCUCAAAUCAUCAACCACUACCAAACACAGAUCUGAACUCAAGUGCGGAUAAUAACAACAACAGUAACGCCACCAAUAAUAAUAGCGAACCUCCAAGAAGAUCUGGUGAUAUAGUAGUAAUUACCUAUUGGUUUAGUACAUUCUCAUUCUUAUAUUAUUAUUUUUGUAAAGAUGAAUCAUUCUUCAGGAGAUACCCUACAUUAUUACAAGAGCUAAUAAAUACUUUAAAUUCAUUGAUGAUUCAAUUAAUAUCUUCUAUCCAUUCAAGAUUAGAGCCAUUGAUCGAUCCAACAAUUCUGCAGUACACAACGAUUCAAGAUGUUAAACAAACUUUAUACAAACAGGAUUGGAACUUCUUCAAAAAGAGAAGACAAAUGAAGGCUGCUCAUCAAGCUGCAGAAAGGAUGAAAGAAAAAUCAAAUUCUCCCUAUUUGGAUGACGAAAUGCUAAAACAUUUAUACCCUCCCAGUUUGGAAGAACAAAUGAAACCUUCUCCUAUGAAAAUUGUACAGAUUUUCGGAGCUUUAGUAUACGUCUUAGAUUUGCAUGAGGUUCAUCCUUUAUAUCAACAGCAAUGUCUGUCGAUGGCUGUCCAAUGGUUUUCAACUUCAUUGUUCAACAAAAUAAUAAAAGAUAGGGUCAAAAAAUCAUUAUCAAGAGCCCAUGCUAUCCAAAUAAGAUUGAAUCUAGACACACUAGAUACCUGGAUCAAAAACAACGACUUGACCGUGGAAAAACCUUUAAUGAUUGAUGAUUUUAUGUGGCAAUUGUUCCCUUACACGUUAUUGAAAGAUGUUAAUGAAAUUAAUUUGAAUGUACCAACACUGAGAAAUAUUAUUAUGUAUACUCCAAAAAUUGUUGAUCCCAAACAGGAAUCGAACACCAAUAAUGAUUUCAUCUACAAUAUCAAUAAUACUGCAUUUUAUUAUCAGUCCUUUCAUCGCAUUGCUCAAAUACAUUUAGAACCAGUGUACCAACUGUUACAAUGGUUACAAGUUGCGACAACACUUAAUUCAGAAGAGUCGCUGGACUCUACUAUAUCUUUGUUACAAAGAUUGACUCCAGUACAGUUGUUAAAAUCAAUUGAGCAUUACAGCUAUGAAUUAGAUGAACAUAAAUUUAAGUCAGCUUUAAGGAAGAAACUGUCAACAAUUUGCAAGAUGGAAAUCCAUAAGAAUGAUGCAUAUUUACAAGAGAGAGUGGUUCCUUCAUUAGCAUUACCUACUGUUCCUGAAUUGACUGACACAUAUUCACGUGUAAAGGAUAAAUCAAAAUCAUAUCAACCAUUUUUACCUGUCGAUAUCGAAGAUGCCGCAUUUGAAAUUCAUGAUAAGAAUUACAAAGCUCGUAGAGAUGCCAUCUACAGUGAGCCAGAAGAAUCAAACUCGGAAGAUGAGAAUGACGAAGAGAAUAAUGAAGAAAGUAGCAAGAAGGAAAACAGCGACGAGAACUCUUUACAACAUGCAAUUUCAAAAGAGAAAAGUGGUUCACCUUUGGAUAAUGAGGGAAAAGAAGAAUUUAACUGGAGCGAACCAACUAAGAAUGAUAACGUUUUUGAUGCGCCAUCAUCAACGAAUCAUAAAGAUAACAGCUGGAAAAAACAUGAAUUCGAAGCUAAUCCAUGGUAG